UCCCAGCAGAAGGAACAUUGCAGAGUUUCAGCUGGGCCUGGUGCUGAAAAGGAACAGGAACACAUUGGCCUGAUGUUCGUGUAUUGAUACUCCACCACUGAUCCAUACAGACUCCCAUGUCUGAUAUUUAGACAUGGGGAUCUUGGUGCAUAUGGGAACAUUGCUGCUCUUUGCCAUAACACUGGCACAAUUAAGACUGGUAAAAAGUCAGGAUUUUGAGACAGAAAUUGAUCCUUUAAGCUGCACCCAAUAUGGCAACCACUACCAAAACAAAGACGUCUGGAAACCAGAACCCUGUCAAAUCUGCGUGUGUGAUGAAGGAAUAACACUAUGCGAUGAAAUCAUGUGUGACGAACUAUUUGACUGUGAUAGAAAGAUAAUUCCAAUAGGAGAAUGCUGUCCUAUAUGUCAAUCGAGUGAUUCAGACCUAUAUCCUGACAUUUCAAGAGGAGAAAAGGGACAAAAAGGUGAACCAGGAGAAGUCCGCAGAGUUGUUGGAAUAAGAGGACCACCAGGCGCAGCAGGACCACCAGGCUCACAAGGAUCAAGAGGUGCAGAAGGGCAAAAGGGACCACCAGGUGUGCCAGGUCCACCUGGACCUGAUGGCGUUCCUGGAAUUCCUGGAGAUCCUGGUGCUCCUGGUCCACCAGGACAUCCCACUCAUCCUGGAUUUCCAGGUCAACUUGCAUCUCAGAUGGCGGGUGGUGAUGAGAAAUCAGGUUUUCGUGGUCAGCUAGGAAUGGUGCCUGGAACGAUGGGUGAAGUAGGAUCAAGAGGAUCUCCAGGAAUCAUGGGACCAGCAGGCCCAAAGGGACAGCCUGGCCCACCUGGAGAGCCUGGUGACUUGGGACCAAUGGGCGCAGCUGGUAACCGUGGUCCUGAGGGACCAUCUGGAAAACCUGGUGAAGAUGGUGAUGUUGGAAAACCAGGACGCUCUGGUGAGCAGGGAUUCCAUGGACAGCAGGGUUCUCGAGGUUUCCCAGGUGCCCCUGGUUUGCCUGGUAUCAAGGGCUUGAGGGGAUACAUUGGCUUGAAAGGACCUAAAGGCGAACUUGGAGCUGCUGGCCAGAAGGGUGACCAAGGUUCUCUCGGUGCAAUGGGUGCUCCAGGUUCGAAGGGUCCACGGGGUCUUCCAGGUGAAAGAGGCCGAACUGGACCUCAAGGUGCUCUGGGUCCUCGUGGUGCUGUUGGGGCACCGGGUCUGCCUGGUGCUACGGGUCCUAUCGGUUUAAUGGGUUCCCCAGGUUUCCCAGGUCAGCCUGGCGCUAAGGGUGGACCUGGUCCAACAGGCGUCCGCGGGCCUGAAGGACCCCAGGGUCAACGUGGUACGCCAGGUCGCCAGGGUAACCCUGGACCUCUGGGCAACAUCGGUCAGCAUGGUAUGGAUGGGACCUUUGGUGCAAAAGGCCCAUUGGGUUCCCCAGGUACAAGUGGUGCUGCUGGGUUUCCAGGUCCUCCUGGAUCUGCUGGUCCAACAGGGAACACAGGGCCUCCUGGGAUCAAAGGUCAAAGGGGAGAACCAGGCCAAAUAGGCUACAAGGGAGACCGUGGAGCUAAGGGCGAACCUGGCCCACCUGGUCCACAGGGAGCCCUUGGUCCAAUGGGUGAAGAAGGCAAGAGAGGACCUCGUGGUGACCCUGGUCCAAUUGGUGCUCUUGGUGUAUCGGGAGAAAGAGGUUCUCCAGGUAAUCGUGGCUUCCCAGGUCAAGAUGGGCUGCCCGGCCCUAAAGGUGCUCAAGGACAACGCGGUGUAAUGGGGCCUUCAGGUCCUAAAGGAUCUCCAGGUGACCCUGGCCGUCCUGGUGAUCGUGGUCUUCCAGGCGCAAGGGGACUGACAGGAAACCCAGGAGUCCCAGGUGCAGAAGGCAAACCUGGAGCGACGGGUUCUCCAGGUGAGGAAGGACGCACAGGCCCUAUAGGACCAACAGGACUAAGAGGUUCACCUGGUUCUAUGGGUACAGUAGGACCAAGGGGUAAUAGCGGCGAUCCCGGUAAGACAGGUGAGAAGGGUCCUCCUGGUGCCCCUGGUCAGCGAGGUACACCUGGCAAAGAUGGCGAAGCUGGACCUCAAGGUCACAUUGGUCCAAUGGGCCAAGCUGGAGAUAGAGGAGAACAAGGCCCACCUGGUCCUCCUGGAUUCCAGGGUUUGCCUGGACCUCCCGGUCCUCCUGGUGAAUCUGGCAAGCCUGGCAAUGAGGGCAUCCCAGGUGACCUUGGUCCAAUAGGCCAGUUAGGUCCAAGAGGGGAACGUGGCAUUCCAGGUGAGCGUGGUUUACCUGGCCCUCCAGGUCUUCAAGGUCCAAGAGGUAUUCCAGGUGCUCCUGGCAAGGAUGGAGCUAAGGGUUUACCUGGACCCGCUGGUAGCCUUGGAGAUCCAGGUCCUCCAGGUCUUCAGGGAAUGCCAGGGGAACGAGGAGCUUCUGGGCCUGCAGGUCCUAAAGGAGAAAGAGGCAUUGGAGGUGUAAAAGGAUCUGAAGGCAGUCUGGGUAAUGAAGGCCCGAGAGGUUUGCCUGGUCCUCCUGGUCCACCGGGUAUUUCUGGUCCUGCAGGCGAUAAGGGCGAGCCUGGUUCGAUUGGACCUCCUGGGCCUGUGGGUUCUCGUGGGUCUCCAGGCUCUCGUGGUGAAACUGGUCCCACUGGUGCUGUUGGAUUUUCUGGACCACCUGGCAAUGAUGGACAGCCUGGAGGGAAAGGUGAAACGGGUGAGCCAGGUCAGAAAGGUGAUGCUGGUUCCCCAGGACCUCAAGGACUAGCAGGAUCCCCUGGUCCACCAGGACCUAUCGGUGUCCCAGGUCUAAAGGGUGGACGUGGCACACAGGGACCACCUGGUGCCACGGGUUUUCCUGGACCUGCAGGUCGAGUUGGGCCACCAGGACCAACUGGUGAUCCAGGUCCGAUCGGUCCCUUAGGGUCUCCUGGUAAAGAAGGACCCCCAGGUCUUCGGGGUGACACUGGCCCACCUGGAAAGACUGGUGAUCCUGGCCCUCCUGGAACACCCGGUACCCCAGGUGAUAAAGGCGAAUCUGGAGAUGAUGGUCCAACUGGUCCGAAUGGUCCUCCAGGUCCACAAGGUACAACUGGACAAAGAGGACCUGCAGGCCUACCAGGUCAUCGUGGGGAAAGAGGAAUGCCUGGCUUGCCAGGGCCUGCUGGUCAACCUGGAAAAAUAGGACCAACAGGAACUCCUGGUGAAAGAGGCCCUUCAGGCCCAAUUGGUCCUCAGGGAGCGCGUGGCCCACCCGGCGAAUCGGGUCAGGAUGGUAUGCCAGGAAUUGAUGGCACCCCUGGGCGUGAUGGUCGUCCAGGAGAACCGGGUGAUCGUGGUGAUCCAGGGCCUGCAGGUGUUCCAGGUGUACAAGGUGGUCCUGGGGCUCCAGGUCCUAUUGGUCCAACUGGAGAACCCGGUGCUAGAGGUGAAACAGGUUCUCAUGGCCCAAUUGGCACCUCUGGACGAGCUGGAGGGCGUGGACUACCAGGUCCUCAAGGUCCUCGUGGUGAUAAAGGAGAAAACGGAAUUCAGGGUGAACGAGGUCAGAAAGGUCAUCGUGGGUUUACUGGUUUACAGGGUCUUCCAGGUCCUCCUGGUCCAUCUGGUGAGCAGGGUGGUCCUGGAAUUCCAGGGCCAUUUGGUCCACGAGGACCUCCUGGCCCAGUUGGUCCUCCUGGAAAAGAGGGUCACAUUGGUUUCCCCGGGCCUAUUGGACCCCCUGGUACACGUGGCAGUGUUGGCGAAACUGGCCCUGAGGGUCCUCCUGGUGAUGAGGGCCCAUCUGGUCCUCCAGGUCCUCCAGGUCCUCCCACUGCCACCUAUGAGGAUAUUUUGGGCCAUUAUGAGAUAGAACCAGAUACCUUGGAUAUACUCAAUGCUGACGAGACCUCUGAUAGCAUGCCAAAGGAUUCGGGAGUGGAUGCUACCUUGAAAUCUCUCAGUAGCCAGUUAGAAACCAUGCGCAGUCCAGAUGGUUCCAGAAAGAACCCAGCUCGAACAUGCCAGGAUCUUUUGUUCUGUCACCCAGAAAAAAAAAGUGGGGAGUAUUGGAUUGAUCCAAACCAGGGUUGUGUUGAGGAUGCUAUUAAAAUAUACUGCAAUAUGGACACUGGUGAGACCUGUAUUCUUGCGGAUCCACCUGAAAUACCACGCAAAACCUGGUGGAGCAAAAAGAAUGACGAUAAGAAUGGAUACUUAUGGUUUGGUGAGUCCAUUAAUGGUGGAUUACAGUUCAGUUAUGGUGACAAGCAACAGUCCCCGAAUACUGUCAUGAUCCAGACAACAUUUCUCCGUCUUCUGUCAAAGGAAGCUUCCCAAAAUAUUACCUAUCAUUGUAAGAACAGCAUUGCUUACAUGGAUGACCAGACUGGCAACCUUAAGAAAGCCUUGAUUCUUAAGAGUGCCAAUGACAUUGAGAUCAAAGCUGAAGGAAGUAACCGAUUUAAAUAUAGUGUGCUGGAAGAUGGCUGCACUAGACAUUCUGGUAGUUGGGGCAAGACAGUAUUUGAGUAUCGAACGCAGAACACAGCACGUCUGCCAAUUGUGGAUAUUGCACCUAUGGAUAUUGGUGAUCCCAAUCAGGAAUUUGGCAUUGAAAUUGGCCCAGUUUGUUUCUUGUAAAAUAAAAGGACUUGGAGACUUUGAAAACAUUCCUGAACUCUUGAAUUAAUGGCUGAUCUAAUCAGCACUGUAUAUACAAGUACUUAGAAUUUCCAGCCCUUCAUGACAAUUAUUUAUUGUUCAUAUGAACCCAGCUAGUAAAACUUAAGAUGUGAUUUAAAAACUGUGGAAAAUUCUGAGCAGUUUUUAAUGUAGUAACAAUUAUUGGCUCUUAUGAGACAAGUUUGGAAAUGGAAAGAUUUUCAUCUAAAACCUAAAAGAAGAUACAAAAUAUAGUGUUGAAAAUGUUCACUUCUGAGGAAGCUCCAUCUGAUAGUUGUUGGGGCUGAUUAGUGCACUGACAGGAAGCCAAGACUAGAGAAUGGGCGACACUUUGUACCCCAAGCUCUUUGACCCACAAUUCCUGCCAGGAAAGCUCCUUCUGAGUGUGUGGAAUCUGUCUCUAUAUCUAUUAAUUAGAAUAUGCUCCAAUAACAAGCUUACCUACCGCACAUAUAAAAGAUGUAGUUUUUAAAAAAUCCCCAUGUUUAAGCUACCUCAUCUCUGUCAGAAGCUAGGAUUCAUUGAUGCUUGUCUGAUUCAUUUGUUCUCCAGGUGCUAUAUUUCCAGGCUUCCUUCUGUGUUUGUUUACAGAACCAGGAGACAGAGGAAAGAUAUCAUGGUGCUAGUUAUAAGGAUCCCAUUUCCUAUGAGCUUUUGAUGAAGUAGCAGCAGACCCACACAUUGAUAUUUUCAUAUUACUGUCAUGUCAACUUUGAGUAUGAAUGGUGUUCCUUAUCUCUCAAUUCAAUUAGCAAUAGAGUUCUGCAUGUCUUAGAAAUGAAAGCAUGUAGGCGAAAUCAUUUUGCAAUGCUUCUUUGUCUAUCUCUUCAACAAUGUUCUUUAAUUCUCCAAUAAAGAGGACCAUUUUACAAGGAAACCAGAAAUAUUUAUUGGCUGAAUUAAUUGAUUCCCCCCACUCCACCUCUCCACUAUCACUUCCCCUCCACCCCCCCUUGCCUCACCCACCAUGACCCCAAGCCUUCAAAUAAUUGUAAAUUCAUCAAGUAGGUAUAUGUUUGAAAAAUGACAUUCACAAAAUGUCUUUAACUCUGACCUACUUCACCCCUUUUGAGUUGUAAUGAUAUAGUCAAUAUUAUACAAAGAGUCCAUCUGAUGAGACAUCUUUAUUAAAAGGUGUAGAGGUCACAAAUUUAUUUAAAAAUGCAGUGGGAACAGUCAACAUCCAACAAAGAGAAAAUAAAAUAUUUAUAAUAAAAAGUUUAUAUUAAACUCUUACAGAUUAUAUUCAACAACUAAAUUUAUUUUCUUCAUUAUAACUGAUAUGGUGAACACAGUUAUGUUAUUUACAGAAUUAUUUCUUUGAGGUUUCAGUAGUUCAGGUCCUUUAUCUUGUAUCCUGCCUUUCAAAUUGCUACUCAAAGUGCCAACAGCACCUGUAUUUUGUAGCUUGAUGAAUUGGUUGAAUACAGGUCCCAAAACACUUCUGCUGAUCAGCUAUUGUAUAAGGUUACACCUCCUCAUUAAUUCAGUUUUCAUUUCUCAACACCUUUCUUGUACUAUUUGUUUUUAAUUGUGGUAAUGUUUGCCUUCUUUUUGGCAUGCUUUUAAAUAGCCUUAAAUCAAAUCAAUGCUAUCUGAAGAUAUAUUGUAACACAAAUGCUUCUGCAACAUAUUAUUUGAAAAGGUUUUUGUGCUAGAUUAACAAGCUGAAAUGGGAAUUUAUAUUUCCAGAUGGCUCAGAAUUAUUAUAUCUAUGUGUUUCUCUUUAUUCUUAGCUACAGAAAUGACUCCUCUUGGAGACUUGUAUAGCACUUUGCCUGCCAUGCUUUGGGGACAGAGCCUCUAUGUUUUUAACUUGCUGUAAGACCUAUUUAAUUAUCUGAGUUUUAAUGAAACUGCUCUUAUGUAACAGUAAAAAAAAUGAAUAGGAAAAUUAAAUGUUUAAGCAAU